GCGGAGGCGAGCGCAAGUCCGCCGCCCUGGAAGCGCGUGCGCGGGUGUCUCAUUGCGUACGCGGAGCUGGAGAGCGAGACAGGCAGAAAGCGAGAGAGCGAGAGAGCCCCUGGCCGUUAGGAUCCUCAGAGGAGGAGGAGGCGCGCAGAAUGACCGUCAUGGGGAAGUACCUGGUGACCUGCUGGGUAGCGAUUCUCUUGAUCCUGCUGCAGAGCGAUGUCUCCGUUUCCAAAAAAAGGCCCAAACCCAGCGGUGGUGGCUGGAACACAGGAGGCCAACGUCAGCCUGGAUACCCGCAGAACCCCGGCUAUCCGCAGAACCCUGCCUACCCGCCACCACGCAACCCAGGCUAUCCUCAAAACCCUGGUUACCCCCAACAGAACCCUGGCUACCCGCCACGCAACCCUGGUUACCCACAGCAGAACCCUGGCUAUCCUCAACGCAACCCUGGUUACCCUCAGCAGAACCCUGGCUACGGUGGGGGCUAUGGUGGGGGCUACGGAGGCAAACCGUGGAAGCCUAAGCCGGCCAAGCCCCCCAGUAUGAAGCAUGUGGCCGGAGCAGCUGUCGCAGGGGUGGCAGCAGGAGCCCUGGGCGGCUACCUCUUGGGCAGUGCCAUGUCCAACAUGAACUUUGGUUUCCGCAACCCCAACGAGGAGCGGUGGUGGCAUGAAAACCGCGACCGCUAUUCCGACAGAGUCUACUACCCAGAGUACAAGGACCGUGUUUCGAAGGAUGUCUUUAUGAGAGACUGUGUGAACGUCACACUGACGGAGUAUAUCACUCCUCAGGGGAACCAAACUGCAGAUGAGAUGGAAGUGAAAGUCGUGACACAUGUGGUGCGCGAAAUGUGCACAGAGCAGUACCGCUUGAUAUCAGGGGCAGCUCUACUUCUCGCCAGCCCUUCCAUGCUUUUCAUCCUCAUGUUGGCCACGUAUUUCCUUAUCCCCUGAGGUCUUCUCAGGCCUGCACCUGGUUGUUCAUUGAGCAAAUGUCCAGAAGGAAUGAGAGAUCUAUACAGAGCGACGGCUUGGGGGGAGAUUACAUUCUCGCUAAUGCACCUGUUUGGUGGAGUGUCUUUCAAAGCUGUUACAUCUGCUACGUAUUAAUGAACACCCAGGCUUCUGCCAAGCACACAUUCCUUUUGCAGCCAUCUUUGAUUUCUGUCGUUCGUGGUACGAAAUAGUUUGUGGGGGGGAGAGCAUAAGGGCUUAUUUUGUAAUGAAGGGAGGGCAGGGAGAACCCGUCAUAAAUCAAACCCCUCCCUCCUUCAGUCGAGCCUAAUGUAAUGCAAACUGUAAAUAGCAACUCCACACAGAAAAAUGAAUUGUUUGCUAGGGCCAACAUUAAGGGUUGAUGUGGCUGGGUUUCUGCCGGAGAGCCUACAAUUGAGAAGGGCUCCCACUUUCCUCCUCUUGAAUGUUGAUACUUGCCUGUUCACCUGCCUCUAGCUCUGGUGCAGACAGCGGUGGAGGUGAGGUCUGUGCCACAGCCUUCUUGCUUGUUGGCUCUCUGGCAAACAAGCAGAUGGGAGCUCUAAUGGGGAAGAGGAGAAGUUGGUGAUAACGGCAGUGAGGUGGAGGCCUGAGGCCUGUGGAGGAUGUCUUUGUCCACGGGCUCUGUGAAAUCUUCAGCUGCCACAGUCCUUUGCUUGCCUACCCUCAUUACGCUGGCUCUUCGCAGAAACCAAAUUGACACGUUCUAUAAUGCAGCAAUCCAGGGGUCCCCAAAUCAUUGUCCGCAGACCACCAGUGAUCUGCAAGCUUCACUCAGGUGGUCUACGGUGUGUCGGUGGAACUAUUGUCCUAUUGGUCUUUAAUUGUGUUUCUGCUGCUGCGGCUUUAAUUUUUUUAUAUACCGGUAUUGCAUUUUUAUUCUUGUCGUGGAAUUCAAAUUGUAAGGCAAUAUAUAAGAAAGAAAAGAAGCAAUAGAAAGACAGUAAAAAAAUUUUUACAGCAUGUACCCCUGCAUAUUACAAUUGCGAUAGCUGGCAGAAAAAAUAAUCUAAGUGGCCUGCAAAGACCUUCAGCAGUUUUCAAGUGGCCCUUUGUGGGUGAAGGGGGGCAUUUGGGGACCCCUGUGGUAAACUGUUCCUGCCUUUAAGAGAAGGAAAUAUUUCCAACUGUUAUUUGAAAAUACGUUAUAUGACGAGAGGCAGGAAGCUGAAGUGAAUCGGGUUUUAAGUUCUCCACUAUACAUUGUUUAAAAAUAAAAAAAUCCCACCCCAUCGUGCAGUAAGAUUCUCAUUCUAGACUCACAUACAUACUGAUAUAUUAAUCUCAGUAUAUUGGAGGAAAUCUAUGGAAAUCCCACUGUAAAAAACACAGAAAACACUUUUUUAUAUUAUAAACUGUCCUGAGGGUGUGGUUGGAGUUAAAAACAACAACACCAGGGUGUUAAAUCUAUUAAUACAAGCAAAAGAGGAAAGGCCAUGUGCAUCCCUUCCUACAUUAUUGCAAGGUGAGAAGACUCUGGUGUGUCUUAUUGGACACAAUUCCAGGAACCAAGUCAUGUUAAGCUCACAACAAAGAAGAUGGAUACUGCCUGGAAUUUCACGAAGCAAGACGACACAACCACAAAUAAUUACCCUGCAUUCCUGAUUUAGUGCUGGCCAUGUGGAAAGUUGUAGGGCCUUGUGGGCUCUUUUGCACAUUAUCUGGGGUUUGUGGCCAUUAAGCGAACAUGCCCUUCAUUAUCCAUUGUACCAUGAGCAUACUGUAGGUACUUGUCUGCGCAGUAAUAAACCUGUUUGCCUAUGAACCACAGUUAUUGCCUACACAGGCUCAUUACUGCUGAUGACACCAAAAACUCUUGCUUUUUUCUUUUUUUUAAUGAAAGACGAACCUCAGUGAAGUAUCCUUUUCAUGGAGAAAUAAUGGCUUAUUACUGGAACUGAUAAAUCUGGGGCAGGUCUUCUGACAUUGUGUUGGCUGUCUCAAUAGCACUUAGAAUUUCUAGGCUGCAAAGGAAAGCAUUCGGUUUUGCAGCAUGGGAACAUGAGUGCACCAUUCAUCAGGAAUUUUUAACCCUCUGUGAUCCACAGGCAUUUAUUUUCUGGUGACUUAGCAAUUGCAUAUUUCCUUACAAGAGUAGAAGUUCCUGAUCAUUGUCUGAGCUAACCUUAACAAUUACGCUGCUGCUGUUGAGCAUCUUCACUUGUUUGAUCUCUUCCGUUCUCAAAAUUAUGGGGCAUUAAUUGUAUUGACCCUGCUGAAUUUUGGAACUAACUUUAAGGGUCAACUGCAGACACCAGAGUUAUUCCAAAGUUACAUCUGUGAGGAAACCUAUUGGGUGAACUGGUGGCAAAUGUGACUUGAAGGCAGUCUUAUAAAAUUCAGAGCAGGUUCUCAGUCUGUUGGGAGACUCAAGUUGUGUGCCAAUAACUCACAAAAUAUUCAGACAUGAAAGCCAUGUUGUCAAAGCCAAUGGUACUCUCCAUAAAGCGGUUAAGCAUCCCUCUAUCUUAAACUGGAUUCCAGCCUGUAGACCAGGCAUCCCCAGACUUCGGCCCUCCAGAUGUUUUGGACUAUAACUCCCAUCUUCCCCGACCACUGGUCCUGUUAGCUAGGGAUCAUGGGAGUUGUAGGCCAAAACAUCUGGAGGGCCGCAGUUUGGGGAUGCCUGCUGUAGACUAAUGGCAAGUCCCUAGAAUUUGAGGGACUUGCUUCCAAGUAAGUCAGUGCAGAAUUCCAGUCCUAUCCUAUGAGUUGCUGCGAAGAGCCAAUUCUUGGCAGUUGGGGAGGGAUGCCAUACACAUCCUGUUUCUGCCACACCCUCCCCUUGCUCACUUUGGGCUUCUGCAAGGCCUUUUCUCCUUCCAGAGAUGCUGUGUUAGUGUGCAAGAACAAGGGUGCAAUGCCACACCACCAGUUGCGAUACUCUUCUGGUUAAGCAAGCUCAUGUGCUUCAUUUUCUUGGUUUCAAUGUAUGCAGCAGGCAGUGUGGUUGGGCUGAUGGGAGACACACGAACAGUCACUAGGAUUUAUGCAUUCCAGUAAUGUAGCUGGCUUUGAAAAUGCCAUAUUUAACCUUAAGGCAGACAUUAUAAUUGAGGACUACAUUUUGGGUGGUACUAAUUCUGUCUGUUCUACCGCUUUUGGCCUGCAGCAUUUGUAAUGGCUACAUUUUUGCUAACCUGUAUUUCAGUUGACUUGCUGACAACUCCAUGUUUGUUCAAGGGUAUAGAUAUAUUUUUAAGUGUAGUCAAAAUGUAAAGAGUACACAAUUAUCCUUCUGAGUAUAUCUUAAUAUAUUCUGUGGAUUUUGCUAGAAGAUGAUUAUUGUACAGAUGCACUUUUAAAUAUUGGUGACUUGGUCCAAGUAGAAAGCACACAACAGUAGUAAAAAUACAGGGACAUUGGAGAGACAAGCACGUUUGUUAGGGAGUACACCUUGUACUUUGCAAUUUUGUUUGUGCUUUUUAAAAAAAUAAGUGUUUGAUAUCUAGUAGAAAUAAAAUAUGGCCAAAGGCCCCA